AACCUAAUAGCCGAACGAGAACAAGAAAUGAAGCGAACUGUGUUCUCUUCUAAGGCGAUGAGAGGCGAGCAUAAACCAGAAGAGAAACUCAUAGUCGCUGACACUGAAAGUGAGACUAGUGAAGACUCGACUAGCUCUGAAGAGUCGGGUGAGGUGCAAUCUAGCUCAAAAGAGUUGAACACAGAUAAAACCGGCUCUGAAAGUUUUCAGAACAAGGGUCUUUCAAAAGAGUCGGACGAGGACUCUUCUGGUUCAGAAGAAGAGUCCAGUAGUGAUGAUGAAGGCGCUAAGAUUACGUCUCAGCCUGUUUCUCUGAAGAUGGAUUCAAAACCAGAGAUGAUUCCGAAGAAAACCGGUUCAGAUAGUUGUCAAAACAAGGCUGGUUCCGUUUCAGCUUCAAAGUCUCCAAAAGAUACGUCUCAGGCUCUUGCAGUGAAUCCGAAGGAAACAGUCUCGGAAACUUGUCGGAACAAGGCUGGUUCCGGUUCACCACCAGAGCCUAAAACAGAGGUUCCUGAUGUGAAACAAAACGUUCUUGUGAAGCGUCCGUUUGAGGAGAUGGGCCAAGAUAACUCUGAAACAAAGAGAAAGCCUCGGUUAGGUAAAGAAGUGGCCUCCCUCAUGAAGACAGAUACAGGCUAUCGUUGUGGAUUAGACGAACUUACUUUGUCUCAAAUCUGGGAUACGGAAGUAGAUAUAGAGAAGAGAAGAGAGUUGGAGGUGAAGUUGACGAAAGUUAGAGAAACCCAGUUCACAGUGUAUUUGGAACAGGCUCAGUUCGUGGCUGAAGCAACCAAACUCAUCGUGGAUGCAUUGAGGAAGCGACAAUGAUUCUAUCUUUUUAGGGCUUUUUCAUUAUGUGUUAGUUUCAUGAAUUUUCAUCACCUAUGUUUCUCUUUUUCUAGUUUUGUUUUUGAAUUCAAACUUUUGAUAUUGCUUUAGCUUGUCUCUCUGUUUUGGUAAUUCGAAUAAUUAAUUAAAUCUACUCUAAGAAAUAUCAUGUUUUCUU